GUCAUUAUAUCGAACCUGCAACAAUGACGACCGUACAGAAGAUCAAGGAAGUCGAAGAUGAGAUGGCUAAAACCCAGAAAAACAAGGCGACGAGUUACCAUCUAGGCCAACUCAAAGCUAAGCUUGCGAAACUUCGCCGGGAACUUAUUACACCACAAGGAGGAGGAGGAGGAGGAGGAGGCGUAGGAUUUGAUGUCGCAAGAACCGGCAUAGCAUCAGUGGGAUUUGUGGGAUUCCCAUCCGUAGGGAAAUCAACCUUGAUGUCAAAGCUCACUGGUACCCACUCGGAAGUGUCCGCAAUAGACUUCACAACCCUUACGACUGUACCUGGGACGGUUAAGGUGCAUGGUGCACCAAUACAAAUCCUUGAUCUUCCUGGUAUCAUCGAGGGUGCGAAUGAUGGUCGAGGGAGAGGUCGACAAGUCAUUGCUGUUGCCCGCACAUGCAAUCUCAUUUUCAUCGUCCUGGACGUUCUCAAACCAUUGGGAGAUAAGAAAAUCAUAGAAGGUGAACUUGAAGGGUUUGGGAUCCGUCUCAACAAAAAACCUCCAGCUAUUCUCGUCCGACGAAAGGAAAAGGGAGGCAUCGCCAUCACGAACACUGUCCCAUUAACGAGUAUCGACCAUGAUGAGAUCAAGGCCAUACUCAGCGAAUACAAAAUCAACAAUGCAGACAUCGCCAUCCGACAGCCGAACGCGACCGCGGACGACCUAGUAGACGUUAUCGAGGGUAACAGAGUCUAUAUUCCAGCCCUCUAUGUUUUGAACAAGAUCGACGCCAUCUCAAUAGAAGAACUCGACCUCCUCUACAAGAUUCCGAACAGUGUCCCGGUAUCGUCUUCUGAGUGGCUAAACGUCGACGAGCUUAUUGAAAGAAUGUGGGAAGCCCUCGAUCUCGUGCGCGUCUACACUAAGCCUCGAGGUCUGGCUCCGGACUACAACACGCCCGUGGUCCUAAGAAAAGGUAAAAGCUCGGUCGAGGACUUCUGCAGCUCCAUUCAUAAAGAAAUCGCAAAACAAAUGAAAUAUGCUGUUGUCUGGGGCUCCAGCGCAAAGCAUUCAAGAGGACAAAAAGUCGGCUUGGACCACAUAUUAGAAGAUGAAGACGUCGUCCAUAUAGCCAAAAAGUAACUUUGUGGCAGACUCUUUCAGGUAGAUCAUUUUUGGGUAAGAUACAGUGCAGAAAGCCGGAUAUAUGCCCAGACGAGGCCUAUAGCGCAGUAGAUACUUGUCACCAUCAAUGGUAGGAACUCUAGUGUCUUCCCCCCGUCCACGCCCUCAUGCGAUCCCGACGGUUUUCGCGUCGCAAGAGGAAACAGUAGAACAAACGUUUGCAAGAUCGGGAAACCCGCCAGAUAUAUCACCUCGAGAGUGUUGAUGAUCACCGCCGUCAUUGAUCGAGGAAAUCUGAUGUACUGUCAAUGAAAUGACACCAAAACCAUGCAGGUCUCACUCACUC